AACAAGGGAGAAGAUGGAGGCCAACAGCACUGACCAAAGGACAACAACGGUUGGUGUACGAUUUUGGCGACCCAUGACACCUUUUAAGGAAUGGGUAGAGAUGGCGGGCAAAUAACCCAGAAAGCAAAGAAUACCUUCCCAAAGAGAUGCCCCCAUACUUCAUAUCCUUUGUUCAAUGCAUCUGAGAAUCCAGAUACAACACCAACCAUGUUCACAAGAAACAGGACACUUGCCAGGUUUGAAAGCGGAAACAAUAUACAAAAUGAGCGGUAUCGGAGCCAAGAUUAUAAAGGGAAGUCAUGACCAAGAUCGAGAGCAAGGAUUUCUUCCACCGUUCAAAAGCAAACUCAAACUCAUGGGAGGGAGACCAAUCCUGAUGGUAAGGAAAGGAAUUAAGGAAAGGAAUGACAAGUCCAAUGAACCUGUGUCUCAUUGGAGGGUCGGCUUGCGAGAAUGGAGACGGUCGUGUCAGAUCUCCAAGGCCGGCUUAAGGAGAUCACCCCCACUUAUGAAGGCCUUGAGGUCAUGGUGGAAGAGCUAAGGGGCCAAUUCCAAUGGACGUUGAACUCCAUUGUACACAUUCUUGGGCAAAAAUUCAGGGGCUAGCUUGAUCAUGUAAUGGCUGAACUCAAUGUUAUUCAAUAUGAGCUUAACGAUGUGAACCCAACCUUUAUCCCAAUGAACGACCUUU